AUGGCUAGCAAAAGAACGCGCGCGGCUUUCGAAGCCGACCUCCAGGCCCAGCAAUCGCCCUACGCCUUCUUUGGAACUCCUCUUCCGCCCCUUGAUGAAAGUACUCGAGACGAUGGAUCGUACGUGCCAGUAUGGAAGCAGGAGGUGACAGAUGACCGGGGAAGGAAACGCCUACAUGGCGCCUUCACCGGUGGAUUCAGUGCCGGGUAUUUCAACACUGCCGGGUCGAAAGAGGGAUGGACACCUUCGACAUUUGUGUCUUCGCGUCAAAAUCGAGCAAAGGAUGCACCGAAACAGCGAGCGGAGGACUUUAUGGAUGAGGAUGAUAUUCGAGAGGCAGAAGAGGCGCGGAACCUACAAACGAACGAAGACUUCUCAGGAUUUGGUUCCACGGCUACGGACGCAACGCGCCGUGGUGGGCUAAUGGAUAUCUUCAAGGUGUCGGGUGAAACUAUUGGCGUGAAACUUCUGAAGAAGAUGGGAUGGAGGGACGGACAAGGUAUUGGUCCAAAAGUGAGACGGAAAGCCGAUUUGGGAGACGGAAAAGCCCACCCAGGCGAUGGGGCGGACAAAACGUAUCUGUUUGCACCGGAGAACCCGCCGAUGGUUGCGUUUGUACGCAAGACCGACCAUAAAGGACUGGGGUUUGACGGUGAAGCUCGUCUUAGCUCCCAUCAGGAAGAGCGCGAAGGAUCUGAUGAAGAUGCCGAUUCUUUCUUCGGACGGCGGCUCAACACCAACAAACCAAAGCAACCCAACCCCCAGAAACCUCGACGAGGAGCUUUUGGCGUUGGUGUACUCAAUGAUACGGGCUCAGAUGAUGAGGACCCUUACUCUCUUGGUCCACGGAUUUCAUAUAACCGCACUCUUGGUGGUGAUAAAAAGAAGAAAACCAAAACGAAAGCUACAGACGACGCGAAAUCUGCCUUGGGGUCGUCGAACCCUCUCUUAAGCACCAAGCCGGUCUUUAUCCCUAAGAAGACAAUUGCCGCCAAAGGCGCUGCUGGCUUCAGAAAAUGCCAUGAUGGCCGCUUGCCGCUUGAUGGAUUUCUACUGGCGGAGGGUAUAUCGAACCUCUCGCUAUCCUCGGACAAGAAAUAUGCCCCGCCAGCGAUACCCAAAGACUGGAAGUCUAAGAAGGCGCCUUUCAAACAGCGCGAUGCCUCUGAUUACGUGUCUCCUGCGGAGGCAGCCAAAGCCUCAACUCUAGAUCCAGUAUCGCGGGCAGCACUUUUGGGAGAAGACCAAUUACCAGCAAAGUCUAUAUUUGACUGGAUGACUCCCGAAGGCCGGGAAAAAAUUGCGAAGCUUACAGGCCAAGCGAAUCUACCACCGGCAUUAGGUGAAAAGGCCCCAAAGGGCUAUGAACUUUCGGAUUCACAAAGGCAAAAACAACUAUGGGAUCUUGUACCCAAGCUAGAUAAACUAGUGGCCGUGCAAGCUCUUACGCGCGCCGCCAGUGGCUGGAUGCCGUACUCGGAUGACGAGGCUAAACGGGCCCGCUACCGGACGUUUCUUGAAAUCCGAGCUGGUCUUCGCGACACUCUCCCAGAGCGUGUGUCAGGCUCUAGUACUGAUGAGUGGAUUACAGAGCUCGACGAAUUUUCUCGAGCGGCGGAGGUCUUCAAGCCUGUGUCCGGAGUGAUGGCAUCGCGAUUUACAUCCGCCUCUUCCGGCCCAAAGGGAGCAUCGGAUGAAUCAGAGUCUGACGCGAAUACGCCAUUACUCAGUAAGCCCAGCGAAAAGCCUGAGGACCCAGCGAUAGCGGCUGCAAAAAUUGGCAUGUUCGGGCCGAUGACACGCACCACGGUCUCGUUUUACCCCACCCGUUUAUUGUGCAAGCGGUUCAACAUCAAACCUCCCAGCCAUGUGCAGGUUGACCCGGGAGAGCCUUCCGGUGGAUCUUCCGCAUCGGCCGGAGGUCGCUUCCAGUCCGCAGGAUACCAGACAGACACCCGGCCGCGAGAACUCGUGUCGCAAGAUGCCAUGAAUCAGCUUAUGCUAGCGGCUGGUGGGGGCGGAGCUCUGGUCCCGUCGCGUGGAGACUCUGCGUCGCCGAUGCACGCAGCCCCAACGCCGACGCCCCAACAGGCGCCUGUUGUCAUCGAAGCAGAUCGCAACGAAGCUCUGGAGGCUGAGCGACCAGGUGAGGCAGUAUUUAAGGCAAUAUUUGGCAGUGAUGACGAAGACGAGGAGGAGUGA